CGAGUUAACGACUUUUCACAUUUCAGAGGGCCCGUUCGGUAGCUCCACGGCCCACGCGAGAAGCCGAGUAGCGCUACCAAACGGAGAUUUCGCAGCCGCCGUUUGCUUCCGGUGCCGCGCCCCGCCGUUCUCGGUUGCUCGCCGCUCCCGCUGCUCUUCCCUGCCCGCCGCCCCCGGUCCCCGCGACGCCCCUCUGCACUGUCUGUCCCGCUGCUCCACGGCGCGGACAGACCACCUCGCCUCUUCCGACAUCCGCGGGGAACUCCAAAAGAUCUCCAUAUCAGGUCGCCGCAAUGGAUCACGGAGGCGGCGGCAGCAUCUGGAUCCGUGCGGCAGUGGCGGUGGCGGCGGGAGCCGCCAUCGCGGCUCGCGCCGUCCGCCGCAAAUCUGUCGACUCCAGUGCCGUGUUCGUCGGAGUCCCCGCUAUGGUGGCUCAUACCAUCGCCGGGUACAGGUUCGCUGGGCUGCUACUGGUGUUCUUCUUCACGUCGUCGCGGGUGACGAGGGUCGGCGAGGCGAGGAAGCGUGCUCUCGAUCCCGAGUUUAAGGAGGGUGGGCAGCGUAACUGGAAGCAAGUUUUGUCAAAUAGCGGCAUUGCAAGUAUCUUGGUUGUUUUGAUAGCAUCAGUUACUGGAGGAACAGAUAGGUGUUUGGAUUCAAAAGAGUCAACUCUUGUAACUGCUCUUAUUGGUGGUGUUAUUGGACAUUAUGCUUGCUGCAAUGGUGAUACAUGGUCUUCUGAGCUCGGCAUUCUUAGUAAAGCUGAGCCACGAAUUAUCACAACAUUUAAGAGAGUGCGGAAGGGUACGAAUGGUGGUGUAACCAUAGAUGGGCUUCUCGCAGCAGCAGCAGCUGGAUUCUCGAUUGGGCUUGCAUUUGUGCUGAUAGGAUUAUUCACCACUCAGUGUGCUUCUGAUGUAUUCUGGAGCCAACUGCUAGUUAUACCUUUGGCUACAGCUGCUGGCCUAUGUGGAAGCCUGAUCGAUUCAUUCUUGGGCGCAACAGUCCAGUAUAGUGGGUUCUGCAGUGUUCGCAACAAGGUGGUGGGAGUAGACGGUCCAACAGUCACGAGGAUUUCAGGGAGGAACAUACUGGAUAACAACGGGGUCAAUGUAGUCUCUGUGUUCUUGACAACUGUUCUUACUGCGGUGGCUUGCACAUACAUUUUCUGAUGUUAGCUAUGGCGAGUAUUGGUGCUAUGGUAGGUCCACAUUAGAUGGCAGAGGGAAACCAGAGUGAUGAAUUAGAACAGCAAAUUGUGUAGCAGUGCCAUUGAUCAUUUUCAUACACUUAGCCGUAGUAAAAUUGUUCUUUUAUUAUCAAGUAUUUUCAACACUAGAGAUCUGUGAAAUAGAGAAAUUUCACCUCUUAAAGAUGUCUCAGAAAUCAGAAUCGUUGCUCUAUGCCUAGAUCACAUGUUCUCCCUAAUUACAGGAGACGUGAUUCAUGCGAUGCUUUCUCUGUGAGCAUAUUUACCCUUACAAA